GCCGGGCAAGCUAGCCAUCCACAGACAAACAAUCUUCCACACGAAAAUUACACCAAACAGUCGCUUUCUCUCUUCUUUCUUUCAACUUAAAAUAAAAAAACUCGGCCACAGUUGUCCAAAAAGUUUUUGAUUUGAAUUUGAUUCUCCUCAGUCUCAACAAAAUCAGCAUCUGCAGAGCUUUAUAAAAGAGGAUGCGGAGAUUCGUAAUUGGCAGAGCUAAAUCCCUCCAAAACCGUUACUUUCAAAAUUCAUAUCCAACCCAUCACAAUCACAAUCAAUUCCAAAGCAUUUCUGAUCAUUCACGGUUCUUAUCUUCCACUUCUGUUCUUGAUUUCCCUUCGUCUUCAUCAGCUAUGGCUCCUCCUCUUUCUCUUAACACCAUUAAUCCCAAGGUUUUGGAAUGUGAGUAUGCAGUCCGUGGGGAAAUCGUCACUAUUGCACAGCGGUUACAAGAAGAGUUAAAGGAUAACCCAGGUUCCCAUCCAUUUGAUGAGAUUCUGUACUGCAAUAUUGGGAAUCCUCAAUCUCUUGGUCAGCAGCCAAUAACAUUUUUCCGAGAGGUUCUUGCGCUAUGUGCCCAUCCUGCUAUUUUGGACAAAAGUGAAACACAGGGUUUGUUCAGCACUGAUGCCAUUGAGCGAGCAUGGGAAAUUCUCGAUCAAAUUCCUGGAAGAGCAACUGGUGCUUACAGUCAUAGUCAGGGUAUCAAGGGAUUGCGUGAGACAAUUGCUGCUGGAAUUGAAGCUCGUGAUGGUUUUCCAGCUAAUCCAAAUGAUAUUUACUUGACAGAUGGUGCAAGUCCAGCAGUUCAUAUGAUGAUGCAAUUACUAAUUAGAUCAGAGAAGGACGGAAUACUUUGUCCCAUUCCUCAGUACCCCUUGUACUCUGCUUCCAUUGCUCUACAUGGUGGCAGUCUGGUUCCUUACUAUCUUGAUGAAGCAACUGGAUGGGGAUUGGAAAUCUCUGAGCUUAAGAAGCAAUUGGAGGAUGCCAAGUCUAAAGGUAUAACUGUCAGGGCAGUUGUUGUCAUUAAUCCAGGCAACCCAACUGGACAGGUUCUUCCUGAGGACAAUCAACGAGCAAUUGUAGAGUUCUGCAAGCAAGAAGGUCUUGUUCUUCUGGCUGAUGAGGUUUAUCAAGAAAAUGUAUAUGUUCCAGAAAAGCAGUUUCACUCAUUUAAGAAGAUUUCUCGGUCUAUGGGGUAUGGUGAAGAUGAUUUAUCCCUAGUAUCUUUCCAGUCUGUAUCUAAAGGGUACUAUGGAGAAUGUGGAAAGAGAGGGGGUUAUAUGGAGGUCACUGGGUUUGCUCCUGAAAUCAAUGAGCAAAUUUACAAAGUAGCAUCUGUGAAUCUUUGUUCCAAUAUUUCUGGCCAAAUUCUCGCUAGCCUUGUCAUGAGUCCGCCCAAGGUUGGAGAUGAAUCCUAUGAUUCAUAUUCUGCAGAGAAAGAUGGGAUUUUAUCAUCACUUGCAAGACGUGCAAAGACAUUGGAAGAUGCAUGCAACGAAUUGGAGGGUGUAACAUGCAACAAGGCAGAGGGAGCAAUGUAUCUCUUCCCCCGCAUUCGUCUUCCUGAAAAAGCAAUUAAAGCAGCAGAAGCUGCAAAGAAAGCCCCGGACGCAUUCUAUUGUCAGCGUCUCCUCAAUGCAACUGGAGUUGUUGUUGUUCCUGGUUCGGGCUUUGGACAGGUUCCCGCCACAUGGCAUUUUAGAUGCACAAUACUGCCUCAAGAGGAUAAGAUUCCAGCAAUUGUAUCCCGGCUAUCAGAGUUUCACAAAAGUUUCAUGGAUGAGUUUCGUGACUGACACGGGAUUUUCCAUAACAAUCAAGAGAGUUGCACAAUAAGGUAUACUGACAACGUCAAAAACGCAUACAUGGACAGCGCUACUGUGCAUUUUAUUCAUUCUGUUAAAGAAGCAGACAUUUUGUUUUUCAGUUUUUUAGUCCGAGAGAUGCAAGUUCCAUACAAAUAAAAGUUUCCAGUUUCCCCUCUGAAAUUUUGGGUGUAACUAAUUCUGCUAGUAAUUUAUUGGCGACUUGUGCU